AUCAAUGAACUUUAAGCAAAGGAUUCAAUAGCAAUUUGCCUUUACUGUUUAAAAGAAAUUUUCAUGUUCCGUGACUUCAUUAGUUCUGGUGUUCUGAUCAUUAGUCUUCUGGGGUUCUAAUCGUUAGUUUUUACUCCAACAGACAAAUUCCGCUGCCCGACUUCUCAACUCGUAGAUUCUUUCUUUCCCCAUAAUUUUGGGGGGGAAAAAAUGAAGAUCACCGCAUAUUCUCCUAAAUCCUCCAGCUGGAUUCUUCUUCUGCUGACUCUUUCUUUUCUUCUUACGUCGUCGUUUGCUUUCCAAUCGGACGAGCUCCUCGUGGACGACGAAGAAUUCGGUCUUGAAGGGGGCUCGGGAUCCACCCCUGAUGUGGGCUCCACUAUUCCAGCCCGACCAUCUCAGCCGGCGGAAAGGUCUCCUCCGGAUUUUAGUUCCGGAUCCGACCUAGACUCCAAGGUCCAGUUCACUCUGGAGCACGCCUUCGGUGACUCCGAUUUCUCUCCUGCCGGUACCUUCGCUGCCCGGGUAAAGAAUUCGCCGCAUAGCGGUCAGACUCUGACAAAGCUUCGAUUCUCGAGGACUGAUUUUACUGCUGCAGAUAAGGAUAAUUUCAAAAAACUUCUGGAAGCUGAUGACUUUUAUAGGAUCAGAAUACCAUCAAAUCUAUUAACUCCUCCUGGCAUAGAUUAUGUUAUUUCAUCUGUGAAAGCGAGAUGUCUUCCACGUCAUGGCUUGGAUGAGCACAUUGUCAUUCACAUGGAUGGUGUCAAUGUCUUGGCUGUUAACUAUGGUUCUCAAGGAGCAUGUCAAUAUCCUCGGCACUUGAAAUUUCCAAAAAGGUGGUUGUUUAACUCGCACACUGUCUUAAAGAGUGGUGAGCAGGCGCCAAGAACUCCAGUAUUUUCUGAAGAAACUGCUGUUGGUGAGAAUGGAGAAGGUGAAGGAGUAGCACCUCCAGAGAGAUCAUUUUGGGCUAAAUAUUGGAUGUACUUGCUUCCUCUGGGACUUAUUGUGAUGAAUGCUAUGACCCAAGCAAUGAACAUGCCUGAGGAACAACAGGGUGGUGGACAAGCUGGCUCUCAGGUGCAGCAACGUGGACAAAGUGCUGCAGUGCGAAGAAGAUGAGUGGGUUAGUUCGUACGUUGUAGAUCAUGUUUCAACAACUAUUUUUGUUCAGCCCUGAUAGUUAUUCCUGAUCUUAGUUUUAUUCGCAUUUUGUAAGGUUGUCUCGAAAUCUAGGUUCUCUCUCAUUUUAAAUGUGAUUUCCAUGAGGUUUUAAAAUCUCAUUACACUUGUAAGGUGGUUUUGACUUUUGGAAUUCAAUAUUCGGUACUGGUGAUGUUUCUCUCUUUUUUUACUUUUGCAAAUAAGGCAUGCAUGCUUUGAUGUUGGCAAGAUGAUGUAUGAGAAGGUAGAGAAUAUAUACAGAUUUUUGGCUAAUGCAAUAAAAAGUUAAGACAGUGUGGUUUAGGAUCGAUUUUCUGAAGUUUAGCAGACCCUUUCUGCUUUUUCUUUAGAAAUUAGGAUUUUAGUCACAAGAUUCACACAGAAUGAGUAGGGCCUGAAGUUGGUUAUUAUUUGUCUUCUGCUUAUGAAUGAUUUCAUAUAUUAAUGUCUGUAAUGAAUUUAGAUGCCAUCAAUUCUAUGUGCCAUCAUUUCUGUGAUGUUAAUUUGUUAUAGUGCUAGCUUAAUGUAUCUGACAAGAUUCUCAAAUUUUGUGUUUGAAAAACUUAUUCUUCUUUGGCCCUUUCAUUGUUCGCUCUGUAGUUCCUAAGUUGUUGGGAUUAGCCUGUCCUUGCCGCCAAAGCAACUCGCCUUGGUUCACCUGAGAAGAUAUUUUCAUCCAAUGGAAAACCUAGUGCUGUUGUUGCUCUAGUUACAGAACAUCGUAUGGAGGGGGUGAUAUGAGUUGUACCAUACAGCGCUUUUAUAUACCGUAGGUUUUGAAGCAUGGACUACAAGUAAUUUGGUAUAGGAGCACCUGUAUUUUUGCUCUUGUGUCACUUGUGGUAGAAUAUUUCUUGUUACCUGACCCUCCUGGCACUAGAUGGUCCAGUAUUUGUCAAGUCGUAGUAGAUCUAUUCAUGUGUUGUACUUUCUCUUGGAGGUGAGGUGAAUGUGAACUUUUGUCUAAUGUAUGCAAUUGAUUUUACUGUUAACUGCACUAUUUGUAGUUUAAAAAAAUUUGUGUUAAUAGAACAACAAUGCAUUUAGAACCA